AUGUUGUUAUUCUCGCUAUUUUUUCUCAUCAACGACAAUAGAACUGUUGCUUUUGCUGUUACUAAUGCUUCGUUUCUCUUCUNUUGGGAUCCUGAAUUGGAACGUAAAAUUGACUGUGAAGUGAAAAUGAUUGAUGGAAUUAGUAAACUACUCAAUCGUAUGUUAGCAUUUAUGUGUGAAAUACAACGAAAACAACAAAAUUUACUUGAGCAAGACACAGACGAUAUUGAACCAACGAAAGCAACCAUCGUUCUAUCGGAUAUUCGUUUACCAUUAGCAUGGACGAAAAUGAAAGCAAAAUCAGCUAUUCAAGAACAAAAAACAUUCGCUGUCUUCUGUUUGGCACGUGUUGGAUAUGAGAUUAUCGAUACAGGUAUGAAAUUCAUCGAUAGACGUUCCUCGGACGUUCUAUUUACUGAUAAACUCAUCUUUAACAAUGUUCCGCAUGAUUUCGAAUUGCACUUAGAAAUCUAUGCGUUAAAUAAACAUCUAGCACUCUCAUCAUCAGCAAAAGACUUUGCGAAUCGUUAUAGUUAUUUUUCUGUACAUGGGUCGCCGAAGGUAACACGGAAACUACUCGAAACAGGAAAUCAAUCAUUGGAACAGUCGCAAUCGAAAUUUGUUCGAAUCGCUCAUGCAAUUCUAACAAAAGGAUCCGUUUCGAAAUCCGCAAAACCUCGUUAUUUAAGAAUGGAUAUUCCCCAAGAAAAUCCACUCAUGCAAUUGCCAAUCACAGAAACCUACGUUGCGUUAUUCUUUGCCCAACCGCUGUGUUAUAUACGUUUAGCUACGUACACAGGCAAAGUUCGAGUUUAUAACAUUUCAUAUUCAUGUGUAUUAGCAGCGGGAUUUCUCAAUGGAGAAGAAAUUAUGCGAGAUGAUUACUCCGAUCAACAUCGAUUCUCAAUUGCUAUUACACCUGAAACGUUGAUUUUAGCUCGAACUGAACAAUUGUCGUUUUCGAUAUACAAUCGAGGUUUUGACGUCGAAGAAUUUUUUGUUGACGAUAUAUUUAUGCUGAAUAAUUGGACACGAGCGUUACAACAACAUGUGAUCGAUGUUGCCGCAUGGCAAAUCACUUUUGAUCAUUUACCGUCAAUAAGACGUGACUCUUAUCAGCUCAUAGCUUCAUCACCAACAUCGUCGAUUAGUAGUAGAGCGAUUAGAAAGAGACCAACAUUACGAUCAAAAACCAAAUCACUUAACGAUAUUCAUCAGGUCGACAAUGUUUCUCAAUCAAUACGAACGGAUGUUUUGAAUCGAACUAAUUCUAUUGUAGAUCUUUCAAGAGAUUUUUCAAAUACCGAUGAUGAUUCAGCGAUACUCCGUACGUGUUUGUAA